GUUAAUUAUGUGAAGUCAAAUGUUUGUGUCAAUACUAUUUUUAUUAGAAAACAUUUUAUAAUUUUAAACAAUUCAGAGAUGUAUUUGACGUAUGUUUUAUUUAUUUAUUUCGUAUGCAUAAUUGUGGAAAUUGUGUCCAAUAACUUAACCACAGGUCACUUUUCCUUAUCUUAUAAGAACGAAUACGGGGAUGGAUAUGGAACAGAAUGGAUCUAUUUUCCGGACGGCCAGGGAGUGCCACACUAUGUUAACUUGAGUGCCACCUCCACACAGCCCGAACUGAAGACAGAUUUUGUUGAAUUGGAAUUUCGAAGAUAUAAAAGAAAUGUGGAUCACUAUAUUGUUAUGGAUGCUUACGGAAAUGUUGUAACAGAAAAUUUAAAAGAGGACAAUUUAUUUAAAAAUUCAAUUAAAAUUAUUACGCAUGGAUGGAAAUCAUCAAUCGAUAGUCCCGCUGUUAAGGUCAUAAAGGAAGCGUAUCUAGAAACAAAAGACGCAGACAUCAUAACCAUCGACUGGAGUGUUACGGCCGAUUCUUUUUUUUACAACUGGGUUGCAAAUAAAACAAAAAAUAUUGGUGAACAAGUAGCAAUAUUUUUAGACGGAUUAAGUAAACAACAUAAUGUUUCUGGAGACCAAAUACAUCUCAUAGGCCACAGUCUUGGGGCUCAUGUUAUGGGAGUUGCCGCGUAUAAGUCGAACCUGACUAUUAAUCGGAUUACCGGUCUCGAUCCAGCAAGACCCCUUUUUGAAUAUCCCAGUCGUGACGAUUCAGAAAAAUUAGACUCAUCUGAUGCUAAAUUUGUGGAUGUCAUUCAUACGUGUGGUGGUGUUCUUGGAAUCGAAGCGGCCAUCGGUACAGCUGAUUUUUAUCCUAAUAGUGGUAUACCACCACAACCCGGGUGUGACAGUAUUCAAAAAAUCUUAGAAGCAUGCAGCCAUAGUAGAGCACAUGAUUAUUUUGCAGAAUCUAUAAAGACACCCAAAGCAUUUCCAGCUUUCAAAUGUGCAAGCUGGUUGGAUUAUUUACAGAAUCUUUGCGAUCAAUACGGGUUUAUGGGUGAGGACGUAAACAGAAACGUAACGGGAAAGUUGUAUUUGAAGACUAAUGCAAAACAACCGUUUGGGAGAAGUUUUGAACCUUUUUGUUUGUUUGGAUAAUGGAACUUUACUUACCAUAUAUCUUAAAUUGGUCAAUAUUUAUAUAAAUUUCCGAUACAUUAUUCAAUGAAAAUAAAGUUAUUUUUGUUUUGUCUCAAUGAA